GAUGAAUUGGAUCUCACAGAUAAGAAUAGAGAGGCGAUGUUUGCACUCCCACCAGAGAAGAAAUGGCAGAUCUAUUGCAGCAAAAAGAAGGAACAAGAAGAUCCUAAUAAACUUGCUACAAGCUGGCCAGACUAUUAUAUUGAUCGCAUCAACUCCAUGGCAGCAAUGCAGACACUAUAUGCUUUUGAUGAAGAAGAAACAGAAAUGAGGAAUAAAAUAGUUGAAGACUUGAAAACGGCUCUGAGAACGCAGCCCAUGAGAUUCGUAAUAAGAUUUAUUGAGCUGGAUGGCUUGAGCUGUUUGCUAAACUUUUUGAAGAGCAUGGACUAUGAAACCUCUGAAAGCCGUAUACACACAUCCGUUAUAGGAUGCAUCAAGGCUCUGAUGAACAACUCCCAAGGACGUGCCCAUGUUCUAGCCCACCCAGAAAGCAUCAAUAUAAUUUCUCAGAGCUUACGGACUGAGAACAUCAAAACCAAGAUUGCUGUGCUGGAGAUCCUUGGGGCUGUUUGCUUAGUGCCAGGAGGUCACAAAAAGGUUUUGCAGGCCAUGCUUCAUUACCAGGUCUAUGCGGCAGAGAGGACAAGAUUCCAGUCUCUACUCAAUGAGCUAGACCGAAGCAUGGGGAGAUAUCGUGAUGAAGUGAACCUCAAAACUGCCAUCAUGUCCUUUAUUAAUGCUGUACUAAAUGCAGGUACUGGGGAGGACAACUUGGAAUUCCGAUUGCACCUACGAUACGAAUUUCUAAUGCUGGGUAUUCAACCUGUUAUUGACAAGCUCAGAGGACAUGAAAAUGCAACAUUGGACAGGCACUUAGAUUUCUUCGAGAUGGUUCGAAAUGAAGACGACUUGGAACUUGCAAAGAGGUUUGAAAUGGUACAUAUUGACACAAAGAGCGCCUCGCAGAUGUUUGAGUUGAUCAAGAAGAGGUUGAAGCACACAGAUGCUUACCCAUAUUUACUGUCUGUACUCCAGCACUGCUUACAAAUGCCUUAUAAAAGAAAUGGAGGAACUUUUCAUCAGUGGCAACUUUUAGACAGGAUACUGCAGCAAAUUGUUCUUCAGGAUGAACGAGGGGAUGAUCCAGAUGUAUCUCCUUUGGAAAACUUUAAUGUCAAGAACAUCAUUAAGAUGUUGGUAAAUGAAAAUGAAGUGAAACAAUGGCGAGAUCAAGCAGAGAAAUUCCGGAAAGAACAUGUUGAACUGAUGAGCAGGCUAGAGAAGAAAGAAAGGGAAUGUGACAUAAAGACCCAAGAGAAAGAUGAAAUGAUGAAGACACUGAAUAAAAUGAAGGACAAGCUGCAAAGAGAAUCUCUGGAGCUUCGCCAAACUCGGGAUCAAAUGAGUGACCUCAUCACUCAGCUGAAUGAAUUUUCGCAAGGGAACAAUAGUACAUUCCCACUCCCUCCUCAACUACCACCUGGUGGACCAUUUGCUUUGUCCUCUUCUCUACGAUCAUCAGAGAUUUUGCCACCACCUCCACCACCUCUUCCUUUCUCCAGCUGUCCUCCUCCAGCUCCACCACCACCUCCAGGUGGACCUCCACCCCCACCUGGAGCACCUCCAUUCUUCAAUGUCAGUAUGCCUCCAGUUUCUUCCACCACCACUUUUAGCAACAGUGAGGUUAGUCUAAAGAAAAAGUCAAUCCCACAGCCAUCUCAUCCACUGAAAUCCUUCAACUGGGCCAAACUGACCGAGGAAAAGAUACAUGGUACAAUCUGGCAUGAAAUUGAUGACAUACGAGCUUUCAAGAUGCUAGAUUUGGAAGAUUUCGAAAAAAUGUUCUCAGCCUAUCAAAGACAUCAGGACCUGCUAACUAAUCCUUCUUCCUCCUGUAAGCCGAAGGAAAUGGGAUCAACUGAAGAUCUAUACCUAUCCAGUCGAAAGGUUAAAGAGCUUUCUGUGAUUGAUGGCCGGAGAGCACAAAAUUGUGUCAUCCUCCUUUCCAAGUUGAAGCUAUCUAAUGAAGAAAUUCGGCAGGCAAUUUUGAAAAUGGAUGAAGAAGAAGACCUGGCAAAAGAUAUGUUGGAGCAGCUACUGAAGUUUGUUCCGGAGAAGAGUGAUGUUGACCUGUUGGAAGAACAUAAGCAUGAAAUUGACCGAAUGGCACGAGCAGAUCGUUUCCUCUAUGAAAUGAGCAGGAUUGACCACUACCAACAAAGACUUCAAGCAUUAUUCUUUAAGAAGAAGUUUCCAGAGAGGCUUGCUGAAGCUAAGCCAAAAGUGGAAGCUAUUCUUCUGGCCUCCAGAGAGCUCAUCCGCAGCAAGCGCCUGAAGCAACUCUUGGAGGUUGUGUUGGCCUUUGGCAAUUACAUGAACAAGGGACAAAGAGGAAAUGCAUAUGGCUUUAAGGUUUCCAGCCUGAAUAAAAUUGCAGACACCAAAUCUAGCAUAGAUAAGAAUAUUACAUUAUUACAUUACUUGAUUAUGAUCUUUGAAAAGAAUUACCUAGAUAUCCUUGACAUACAGUCUGAACUACAACAUCUUCCAGAAGCAGCAAAAGUCAACCUAGUGGAGUUGGAGAAGGAAGUUAAUAACAUAAAGACUGGGUUGAAAGCUGUUGAAGCUGAGCUAGAUUAUCAGAAGAGACGUAUGCGGGAACCAGGUGAUAAGUUUGUCCCAGUCAUGAGUGACUUUAUCACAGUAGCCAGUUUUAGUUUUUCUGAGCUGGAAGACCUUCUGAAUGAUGCAAGGGAUAAGUAUGCCAAAGCACUGAAGCAUUUUGGAGAGAGUGAGGGAAGGAUGCAGCCAGAUGAAUUUUUUGGCAUCUUUGACACCUUCCUGCAAUCAUUUACAGAAGCUAAGCAAGAUCUGGAGAAUAUGAGGAAGAAGAAAGAAGAGGAGGAGCGCAGGGCACGCAUGGAAGUUAUGCUUAAAGAACAGAGAGAGAAAGAGCGGCGUCAAAAGAAAGCAAAGGCUGGUAGUAUCUCUGAGGAAGGAGGAGGAGAGUUUGACGAUCUUGUGUCAGCACUGAGAUCAGGUGAAGUUUUUGACAAAGACUUAUCAAAGCUCAAGCGCAACCGUAAGCGUUCAGGGAAUCAAAAUCUGGAGACAAGCCGAGAACGAGCAGUAACAAAGCUCAAUUAUUAAAUAUGGAUGGUGUGCAGAUUACAGAAAAUGGCAAAAACAUGACUGCUGCAACCAAGAAUCAAACAAGAUGGUGAGACUGUCUGAAAUCUUUCUGCAGGAAGCUUAUCUAGUGCCAAUGGCUUUUUUUCCAGGAUGAACCUAUUCUCCUGUCUUGCUCUCUUCCAUAUUGACAUAAUCUGGAAUGGUAGUAAAAGUGCCUCUCUAGUGCCCAAAGGAUUUGUCUCCAAAACUUUCCUUUUGAUUGAUGGAAUUCCUUCUUGCUUCUACUACAACUUCACUUGGGCCCUUUUGACAGAACAGAAAUCUUGGGGGCUUUUUGCACCAGUUACUUGGGGUGGGUAGGGGUAGGGGGAAUCAUGUGCCAAAGUGUACACAUUUUUUAAAAAUCUGCAACUUGCUGAGAAAAUGCAAGACAGUCUCAGGAUGGUUCUGAAUUCUCCUGCCAUUCUUGGUUUGGCUUGCCUUCAAGAGUGAAUUAGUGAGUGGUAUUAUAGUGUUGCAGUUCUGUUCUUCCACUGGAUUUCCAAAAGGCCAUUGACUUUGAGAAAUAUGACAUUGGUCUCAAGGACUGGUAUUUAGUGGUCUAUGCCAAGCAAGUGAUGUUGCGUCAGAGGAAGUAGCUAGAGCUACUGUUUCGGAGAUGGAUAAAAUGUUUGGGAAACUCACUUUUUUCACUUGAGUGGUUGGAAGUGUGCUGAAUCUUUAUACCAAGUUGUGAGAAAAUAGGAGGAACCAUACUCUAAGAGUGAUCAUCAUUAACCUGAACCUGAUCAGUUAUCAUUGCUAAGCAAUGUAGUAGGAAAGGGUUUGGGCCAUAGCAGUAUUUCCAUUUGUAAAACUGCAUUAUUUUGAUAGCACAGUAACCUGAAUUAUUUGAACUAAUAAGAUAUAGGAACUAAAAAAAUACACAAAUGGUUUGUCUGAUAGUUGAAAAGGAGAAUCCUGUCAUUUAUUGGAAGCCAUGACUCAACUGGUAUGGAAGCUUUUCAUUCUAAUAGACUGGCCUUCUCAGAAACUACAACACUUCCAACAACAACAUCUUCACAAUGUUAGGUUAUUGUAAAAAUAGCACAAUGCAUCAGUAGAUGACUGGAACAUUCAAGGGUUUUCCAUCAUGAAGGAGUGACAAAGAAUUAAAAUAAAUGUCAGACCCAAAGAUUGAUUACCCAGUGCAUCUGAAAACAACUCUUGCAGUGGCAAUAAAUAAAUAAACAAGCAAUUUAUCAUGUAAUAAUAAAUUGUCUGAUAUGCACAGCCAAAACAGAAAUAUGCACAUAGAGCCAAAUAAUACUUUCCUGUUUCAUUGUUCUUACAUGGCUGUACAUUAAUAGAACUAUGCAGUAUAGGAGGGUUGUUGUUUUUUUUUUUAAUCUUAUGAAUUGAGCAGUUGUUCAUCAAUUCUCAACGGGACCUCAGGAAAAGAGAUGGAGUAACCUUGAGUGUGAGAAACAUGGAGGCAAAGUUUAAGAUGAUUUUUGAAAAAGCUUUUAUGUGAGUGCAAGUCCACAGAAUUCCAGGGAUUAUAAAAGAUGCUCCAAUUAUCACGUUGAUUACCUGCUUUUAUUGAUAUGAAACAGUUGUGUAGAUUCACGUUUAUUUCUGUAAAGUAGAAAAUUCCUCUCUCUCAAGCACAGUCUAACCAGACCCCUUCAAGCAAUAUUACAUGAUUCCCUAACAAAUAUUGGGCUGAAUGUUGGGAACCCUAAACAAAAAUGCUCAAAUCUUUGAAAAUAAUUGUCUUAUUUUUGUAUGCCCUGGUUUUCAGUGCCCUGGUUCUGAAUUUCCCUGUUCCUGACAUUCCAGAAUACAGCAUUUUUGCAUUACAUGCAUAGGGAAGAUGAUUUGCUUUUACAAAAAAUCUCUGUUGUAGGACUUCCUUUUUUUGGAAAUAUCAUUUAGAGCAGUGUUUCUUAAAGUGUGGUCCUAGGACUUCUGGGGGUCCCUCAAGACCCUC